UUUCCAGCUCAUAGCUGUUGGUCGAAGUUCAGUUCCGGCUUUUCCAUCUAAUGGGAGGGCCCACCACAAACUAGAAAUGAGAUCGGGUAUGAAUUGGUGCAAGUGGGCGCGAAUAUUACUGACAUUCACCGCAAUAUUUUUAUUUGGGUUUCUAAUUGGAUGGGUUGGAAGGCCCUGCGUGGACAACUUUCCGAUGAAAACUCAAGCUAUUGGGAGCAAGUUGCUGAAUGAAAUGCAAGCUGAAAAUAUCAGAGUAUAUCUGCGGAAUUGGACACGAUUUCCUCAUUUAGCUGGAACUGAAAAAAAUCUCCAGUUAGCCCAACAGAUUCAAACACAGUGGAAGAACUGGGGACUGGAUUCAGUUGAAUUGGUUCACUAUGACGUCCUGUUGUCUUACCCAAACAAAAGCAAUCCUAAUUACAUCUCUAUUAUUGAUGAGAAUGGAAAUUCGAUCUUCAACACAUCUUUCUUUGAACCGCUACCUGCUGGAUAUGAAAAUGUAGAAGACCAUGUCGGUCCCUUUAAUGCCUACUCUCCAGCUGGCAUACCAGUGGGAGAUUUAGUCUACGUUAACUACGCUCGAACUGAGGACUUCUUCCACUUGGAAAGAAAAUUGGGUAUCAACUGCACUGGAAAAAUUGUGCUUGCUAGAUAUGGGAAAAUCUUCCGAGGAAACAAGGUUAAAAAUGCAAUGAAAGCAGGUGCUAAAGGAGUCAUCUUUUUCUCAGACCCUGCUGAUUACUGUGCACCAGGGGUAAAACCUUAUCCGGAUGGCUGGAAUCUUCCUGGAAGUGGUGUCCAGCGUGGAAAUGUAUUAAACCUGAAUGGAGCUGGAGAUCCCCUCACCCCAGGCUUUCCAGCUAAUGAAUAUGCAUUCAGAUUGGAUGACGGUAUUGGCCUUCCAAAAAUUCCGGUUCAUCCAAUCAGUUAUAACGAUGCAGAGGCAAUGCUACGUAACAUGAGAGGAAUUUCAGCUCCAAGUGAAUGGAAAGGGCAAAUGAAUGUUUCAUAUAACAUUGGACCUGGUUUCAAGGACAGUUAUUCCUCAUGCAAAGUCAGAAUGCAUGUUUACACGAGAAAUGAGGUUAGACGAAUUUACAACGUGAUUGGCAAGAUUCGAGGAGCAGUAGAACCAGAUCGCUACGUCAUUCUUGGAGGGCAUCGUGAUGCCUGGGGAUUUGGUGGUAUUGAUCCAGUGUCUGGAGCUGUUGUUAUACAUGAAGCUGUGAGAAGUUUUACACAACUUAUGGAGGAAGGCUGGAGGCCUAGAAGAACCAUAAUAUUUGCCAGCUGGGAUGCAGAAGAAUUUGGAUUAUUGGGCUCCACAGAGUGGGCAGAGGACAAUACAAAACUACUACAGGAGCGGGGAGUGGCAUAUAUCAAUGCAGAUUCGGCCAUAGAAGGUAACUACACACUGAGAGUCGACUCCAGCCCUUUGCUGUACCAGUUAGUUUAUACACUAACAAAAAAGAUCCCCAGUCCUGAUGAUGGUUAUGAGGGAAAAUCUCUUUAUCAGAGUUGGUAUGAGAAGGAUCCUUGGACAGAGUACAAGGAAGCUCCGAGGAUAAGAAAACUGGGAUCUGGCAGUGAUUUUGAAGCUUAUUUUCAGCGACUUGGCAUUACCUCAGGCCGUGUACGAUAUACAAAAAACAGGAAAACUGCCAAAUUCAGCAAUUACCCAGUAUAUCACAGUGCUUAUGAAACGUUUGAAAUAGUGGAGAGGUUUUAUGACCCAUCCUUUGAGAAAAUUCUUACGGUGGCCAAGGUGCGAGGAGGACUGGUUUAUGAGAUAGCCGACGCUAUCAUCAUACCAUUUGACUGCAGAGAUUAUGCUGAUGCAUUGACCGUCUAUGCCAAUAUCAUUUCUGAGCAGGCCAAGCAGCAUGAAACUCAACUUAACAAAUAUCAGGUUUCUUUCGAUUCUCUCUUUUCAGCUGUACAUAAUUUUACUCGCAUUGCCACUGAUUUUCACAAACGGCUGGAAAAGAUUGACAUCUCAGAUCCACUCGCUGUACGCAUAAUAAAUGACCAGUUGAUGCUGCUGGAAAGAUCCUUUAUCCACCCUACAGGAUUACCUGGGAGACCCUUCUACAGGCACAUCAUUUAUGCUCCCAGCACUCACAAUAAGUAUGCAGGAGAAUCUUUUCCAGGAAUCUAUGAUGCAUUAUUUGACAUAGCAAAUGCUGCAGAUGAACACAAAGCCUGGCAAGAAGUGAAGGAGCAGAUUGCUGUUGCAUCCUUUACAGUGCAAGCAUCCGCUGGAACAUUAGAGGAAGUAUAAUUUUAUUUCAUUUUACAUUUUUGAGAAGUUAAAUUAGGAAUUUAUUGAAGUGACAUGAAGAUAUCUCAUCAUGAAUAAUCAUUUGGAGAAACAACCUGUUUAAGCUCAAAAUUAAAUACAAUAUGCACGCUAUUCAUCAGUUGUAUACUAAAACUUUGGGUCAGUUGGCUGGGCAGGUGGUUUGCAAUCAAACAGAGUGAUACCAACAGCAUGUGUUCAAUUCCUGUACCAUCUGAAGUUGCUAUGAAAGAUUUUUCAUUCUCAAACCAGCCUGUUGCCUGAGGUCUUUUUACCUUCAGGUUAAAUCAUUGUCUCUCUCUCUCUAAUGAGACAACAACCUAUGGUCCAGGAGGACCAAGGCAACUCUACCUUUAUAUUCUAAAACCCAGCUAUACUAGUUGUGCUGUCUUACUUUUCACUAGUCAAUUAUCAAUUGACAGCACAAUAUUCCAGGCAAUAUGUAACAUUAUAGAGAAGAUAUAGCUACACAAGAACAAAUAAAUAUUCUGUUCAGUUCAUAUACAAAAUUGAGAAACUAUGAAUAUUUUUAAUAACUUGUAAUUAACAUUCACAUGGUUACAAGAAGAAAUGAAAAAUGUGCAAGUAAUAAUUUAUCAGUAUAGAGUAGCAUCAACUUUGAACAUUGGCAUUGUGUGUUGUCCAUUUAAUGCAGAUAAACCUGGGAUUCUGAUCAAGUUUGGUAAUGUUUUAUUAGCACAAUUUAAUAAAGAAUAUAUUCAGCAACUGUUAUACUAUUAUAGGAAAUAUAAAAAUGUUCUUCAAUAUUUCAUCUAUAUUUUAGAAUUAUAGUGCGCUUCAAAAACUUGUAAAUAGACGGUAUUUGACUAAUUUUUAAUUGAUUGGAUUUGGAAACAAAAUAAACUAUAUGGUGUAUUUUAUGUGCACUGAAUAAAUCUUAAUUAAAUGCUAAACUUUCAGCAGCCCCUGGUCAAAUCACUGCCCCAGUGUCAAAAUAUAAAUUGGGAAUUGAUGUAAUUUUCUCAGGUUGUAAGUGGGAAACAGUGCUUCGCUAAGCUCUAUUCUAGGACCACUUCUGCUUGCUGAGUAUAUCAACAACUUAAUUUAGGGCAAAAUGGAGUGGUGCCAAUGAAUGGUAUUGUUCACUUCCCUGUGGAUUUUCCAGGAAAUAUACUUGGCCAACAUUUCAAGUUUGAAGAAAAAGAUAGCACCAGCGACCUGGGUUCAAUUCCAUCCUUGGAAGACUGUCUGUGUGGAGUUUGCAUGUUCUCCCUGUGUCUGCAUGGGUUUCUGCUCGGUGCUUCACUUUCCUCCCACAGUCCAAAGAUGUACAGAUUAAGUGGAUUUGCCAUGUUACUUUGUACAGGGUUGUGUAGGCUAGAUGGGUGAGCCAUGGCAAACGUAGGGUUAUGGCAGUAGGGUGGGGGAUUGUCUGGGUGGGAUGUUCCUGGGUUGGUGCAGACUUGAUAGACUGAAUGGCUUCUUUCUGAACUCUAGGGAUUCUAUGAAAAGAGCUGAGCCACAUGGAUUUAUUAAACUAGUUACAUUCUAGAAAUGGGUUUAUCUCCUGUUAAUGUCUUUACUGGAAGUGGAAGUGAACAGAUAUGGUUUGGAUUUGAAAUUUUUUGCAUUUUUAUCUUACUCCUUACUGAAUCCAACUGUUACCAUUGUUGAAUUAAAAAAAACUGGCUCUUGAUACUGAGAUUACUGCCCGUGUGGAGAAUAAAUACAAAAUGUUAUUAGGCUGUACUAAUUCAAUAUUAUAUCUUAAAUGCAAUCUCUUUGUAUUUUUUGUAUGAUCUUCUUUGCACAUAGUUAACAUAUUUUCAGUGUUAAUUCAGAC